AUGCUGUCCCUGUUUGCUGCCAUCGAAAGCGGCGACUCGAUCUCCGCCUCGACCGACGACUCGUCCAACCUCGCGUCGUCGAGCUCGACUCCCCCCACGACCGUCACCGAUAGCGACAGUCUACACUCGGACGCCUCGAAACACGAUGUCAUCACCGUGAUUGACGACUCGACCGUCGUCGCGGUCGCUCCGGCUCUGCCCGCGUCCGACGUGCCAUCGCCGCGCCGGCCUCAGAGGGCACGAGCAAGCCUGCCCGUCUACAACCUGGCCAAACUCAGCGGCACCAGCGCGCAUGGCAAACGCCGCGCCAAAGGCGACAUCGUGGCCACUCGCAGGCGCCGGACCAUUGCAGGCAGCACCGUGACGCCUGGCGACGCCGAUGUCGGUGCGCUGGACCCGGCGUCUACCAACAUUGACGCGUUGAAUCUCGAGACUUCUCCUAGCAAACGCAGCACGCCGCGCGCGCAACGCCUGGCGCGACCAUCGCCACGCUCGCUGCGAUCAGUGGCGCGUCUCGCCGGUCCAAAUGGCGCCGCGAGUGCCGGUGCGACGCCGGUAUCGUCCAUUACCGCCAAGCUCUCUGCUGCCAAGCGCGGGCGCAAUAACAAGGUUGUUGGUAAGCCGGUCAAACUGUCCCGCGAGCUGCGGCGCUUGCAGGACACAAAGGAGUUCAACCACAUUGACGAAAAUCCCGUCAUUCACAGCGUCUGGUCCAAUGGCAAAUAUGUCGACCCUAGCCAGGCCGUAGAGCGCCAGCGUGCGCGCAAGAGGGCAAAGGUCGAAGUGGCGGCCGAGAUCAAGGUCAAGGAGGAGUCGGAGGAGCCCGUCGCCCAGUUCAAGAAGCGGAGGGUCAAAAAGUACCUCUCCAAGGGUCUCUAUUCAGGACAAGAAGUGACACAGGACAUUACUCGGGGCCUGACAGCAAACGAGAAGAAGCAGCUGGCGCAACUGCCCGAACUCAUGCCCCGCAAGGAAAACAAGGUCAUGCCCGCGCCCAUCUUUACGGGCUUUCGAAUCUUGUUGACUGGUCGCGAUUUCAAGCUGCCGUUCCAUGUCUGCAACCCCCUACCGCCCGGACAGCCCAAGCCAGAUGAGUGGAAGAAGAUGACCAAGAACCGAUUCAUUGGCGAAUCCAAAGAAGUCUGGAAAAAGAUGCCACACAUUCUCGAUUAUCAGUCCAAGUGUGUGUGCAAGCCAGAGGAUGGCUGUGCCGAGACGUGUCAGAACCGAAUCAUGCUCUACGAAUGCGACGACACAAACUGCAACAUUGGCAAGGCCAAAUGCACGAACCGUGCCUUUGCCGACUUGACGGCCCGGCGAGCCAAGGGCGGAAAAUAUCGCGUCGGCGUCGAGGUUAUCAAGACGUCGGACCGCGGCUAUGGCGUCCGCAGCAAUCGCUGCUUCGAGCCUCACCAAAUCAUCAUGGAAUACGCAGGCGAGAUCAUCACCGAAGAGGAAUGCGAACGACGAAUGAAUGAAAUCUAUAAGAAUAACGAGUGCUACUACUUAAUGAGCUUUGAUCAAAACAUGAUUAUUGAUGCCACCACGGGCAGUAUUGCUCGAUUUGUAAACCAUAGCUGCAACCCCAACUGCCGAAUGAUCAAAUGGAUCGUCUCAGGGCAGCCCAGAAUGGCUCUCUUUGCUGGUGACAGGCCAAUUAUGACGGGUGAGGAGCUCACGUAUGACUACAACUUUGACCCCUUUUCGGCCAAAAAUGUCCAAAAGUGUCUCUGUGGGCAGCCCAACUGCCGAGGCGUGCUGGGGCCCAAGCCCAAGGGAAUCAAGCCCAUCAAGGAGAAUAUCAAGGUUGCCACCAAGGGCAGGGGCAAGGGCAAGGGCAAGGGAGGAAAGAGAAAGCUCAACGAGCUGACUGGGAACGAGGAGAAUGUGGAGCCGGGCUCCAAGAAGCGCAAGAUGCAGCAGCCCAAGCCCAAGCCCAUCCGAACUCUCAAGGCCGUCAAGGCAUUGCACCCUAUCAAGGCGCUCAAGCCCGCCAAAACCUUGAAGCCUGUCAAGGGGUUGAAGCCUCUCAAAACUCUCAAACCCAUCAAAGUGGUGAAAACCAAGCCUGCCAAGGUCAGCAUGAAGAUCAAGAGCCCGGUAAAAGCCAAGCGUCAACAGAAGAAGCAGGAAAUCAGCGCAUCGAUCACCGUCAGCGCAGCCGCCGAAAUUACCGCUGUUGUCUGA